UUGAGAAAUGCGGUCGUUGGUCUCGGUUACUUUGUUAACUUUGUUAACUGUGUUUUUUACAGAAAAAGGAAACUCCAUGUUCUUAGAGUAUCCUUGUGGAAGAGCACCUAUUCUCAAAAUUAACGGUGGUGAAGAUGCAAACGCGAAAUAUGCUACCUGGAUGGCAGCCAUAUUCAAUUCAACAAUUUUUCAAUGCGGUGGCACAAUUAUACAUAGACGUUUUGUGUUAACCGCUGGUCAUUGCUUGCUAACUGAAUCUCCACUAUACGUGCGGUUAGGGGCACGCAACAUUAGUAACCCCAGCGCAAUGUAUACAGUCGAAAAUACCAUGGUGCAUCCUGACUACAAUAAAUGGACAGUCCGAGGUGAUAUAGGGCUGCUUCAACUGUCGAAGAGUAUCACCUACAACUUUCAAGUUCAACCAAUUUGCAUUAUUGCGGAUACAAGUAUUAAGAGGCAAGUUGAGAACUUGCAUACGUUUAGAGCCUUUGGAUGGGGAAAUAAGAACGGCAGAUUGAGCGAAAUCCUGCAAACCAUCGAUCUAGUGCGGUACGAACGAAAGGUGUGUCAAAAUGCACUAUCCACUAUUCUCGAUUCAACACACAUUUGCGCAGGAAGGACUGAGGGAGACACCUGUGGGGGCGAUUCGGGGGGUCCAUUGUCCACAAGCUUUGGAAAUUCGUCCAUGGAAGUUGAGGUGCAGUUGGGAAUCGUAAGCGGAGGGACAACACAAUGCAAAGGACCAGGGGUGUAUACCGACGUGACCAGCUAUGUGGAGUGGAUCCGGUUGACAAUAGCUACCUAUGACAUUCCUCAGAAAUACAAUGGCCGAGAAGAGACUUUCAUGAGCAAUCACUUCGCUCAACUCCCCAAUACUGUGCAUCCUCCACCGAUUCCUGUGCCUCCACCACCUCAAAGGAUUCAUCGGUUGAUAUAUCCAAAUGUUCCUGAGACAUCGACUCCUCAGUCACUUCCUCCGAUGUUGUACAAUGACUGCAGUCAAAAUAUUUCGACACCGAUCGCGCAGCUAAGCAUUUAUGGGCCUCGUUUUACUUCGCCGGGUGUGUUCAUAACAGAUCAAUUGAUCAUCACUGCUGCCACAGACUUGCCCGAAGUGGCCGCCUCUUUAUACGUGGUUUUUGAGGAGCCAGCGAGCAGUGCAGUUUUCCAAAUUGAAUCGGUAUCAAAGCACCCAAAUUUUACGAAUGAUUACCAGAAUGACAUAGCAGCACUUAAAAUUGUUGGAUCAAUAAGUAGCAUGCCUUAUAAGCCCAUCUGCAUUUUGACAACGGCACAGUACCAGCUGAAGGCCGAAUUAUAUUCUUCAUUUAAUAUACUUAAUAAAACGUCGGCUGUAAAAUUCGGCGUCAACCCCAUGAAACACGACCUAUGCUCGAGGUAUAUGGGAUUUAAGAUCCAUGAAAGUCAGUUUUGUGUGGAAGAUCCAUCCAACACAAGUGAGCUCGAAGAGAAUCAGCACGACAUUUUGGCAGGAGAGAUGUAUGCUAAUGGCCAGAAAGGCUAUCUUUUGUUCGGCAUUUUCAGUUUUUCAUCUGAAGGCAUACUCGUUUUUACAAAUGUUAUGAGACACACGAAUUGGAUACGUUCCUUGCUGUAAAGGUUUUAAAAUUCCAUCGCAAAAUCUUUGAAUGGGUGCCUUAUA